AUGCUGUCGUCUGAGGACAAGAUCCAAGAAGAAACAAGCAUUCUGAAACAAAACCCAAAAAUGGCUGAUAAAGAAAAUGCCAGCAGACGGACACAAAGCAAAAACAAUGCAAUGAUACGAAAAAACUGUGUUCCCUUAAAGCUGAAUAAAUCAGUCAAUUCAGCAACCGCCGCUGACACACGCAAAUGUGAGGAUAAUAAACGGCCUCUUUCAGUUUUACUAACUAAAGAUGAUCACCAAAUCCAACAUAGGUCGCUUAACCAGACAUUUGACUUUAAAAAAAAUAAUAAAGAGAAGCUAAUGUCCACAGAAAAGCUCAAGCAAGAUGUUUCAAUGCCCAAGAAACCUGUGCUUGGAUUGUAUCGUGGGAAAGUUGUUGAGUCUAAAGUCAGUUCCUUCAGAAAACCUCUACAAGUCAAAGAUGAAAGUUCUGUAGCAAACAAGAAACUUGCAGGCACUGUCUCCAGCACCUGCAAGCCGCAGCCUGUGCACAGCAGCCGUGUGACGGUGAGCAGGGCCAGAGCCUCGGAGGUGACUUCUGCCACAGAGAACGGGAACACCGCCUCUCACAAGAGACAGCUUGUGCGACCUCCUAUCAGGAGCCAGGCCAGCAGCUCACAGGACCAGGUGAAGCAAGGUGUCAACAGGACCUCCGCCCAUGUUACCGUUCGGAAGGGGGCCCGUGAGAAAGAAUUCCUUCCACUGAAAACAGCUUUAUCUACUGCUAAGACCAACCCUGCGGACUUAAAAAGAAAUGAGGCGCGAUCAAAAAGCUUAGCAUUUGGCACUGUUCCCCGACCUGCUUCAUCUUCCAGUUUCCAGCCGAUAGGAAAGUCGAAAGCCAUUGACCAGAGAAGAAAAACUCUAGUAAAGGCAAACAUCAGCCUUAAAGCCAUCCAGUCCAAAGAGACUGUAGAACAGAGAAUAGCUCGUCUUGCCGAGUACAGUGCUGGCAAAGGCAGUACACCAAAAAUGCAAAGAUCGCCGAGCUCAGCAGCUCCCCAGCCUGAGCCUGAAGAGCAAAGUGAAAAACCGCUCAAGUCCUUCUGGGCUUCCAUGGCAGAGGAAGACGAGCAAAGAUUAUUUACUGAAAAAGUGAACAAGACCUUCUCUGAAUGCCUGAACCUCAUCACUGAGGGAUGCCGCAAAGAAGAAAUAAUGAGCACAGUGAAUGACUUGGUUAAAAAUAUUCCUGAUGCCACAAAGCUUAUUAAGUAUUGGGUGUGCCUUGCACGUCUUGAACCACGCACAAGUCCUAUUGAGAAUAUCAUUGCCAUUUACGAGAGGGCCGUUCUGGCAGGGGCUCAGGUGAGAUGA